GGAAGAGUCUCAGUCUCCGAAAGUUGGAAAAUGGCGUCGCCGACUCCCAAUUCUGAAAAUCAACCUUCUACGCCGGAUUCUCCGACAUCGGCAGGCUUCAAUACAGAUCAACUCCCUCACCAUACCAGCCAUAACAACACUGACGACGACGAGGCCUCUGUCGAUCCCCAAAUCAUUCCAGAUGAGCCCGAAGAGCUUGCGGAGGACGAGGAAGAGGAGGAAGGAGAGGAACUCUACCACGAUGAUUUCUUGGAUGAUUACCGGAGAAUGGAAGAGAACGACCAGUACGAGUCAGUUGGGUUGGAUGACUCCUUGGAGGACGAAAGGGAUAUGGAUCAGAUCGUGCAGGACCGCAGGGCUGAUGAACUAGAGCUUGAGACUCGUGAAGGCCGCAUGACUAACCGAAAGCUUCCUCAGCUCCUCCACGACCUUGACGAUGACAACUACAGGCCUUCGAAGAGGUCUCGAGCUGAUUUCAGGCCUCCUACCGAUCCUCAAAGUUAUGAUGAUACCGAUGGUAUGCAAAGCUCUCCAGGAAGGUCCCAGCGUGGACAUUCAAGAGACGAUGUGCCCAUGACUGAUCAAACUGAUGAUUAUCCUUAUGAGGAUGAAGAUGGCGAUGAAGGUGAGUUUGAGAUGUACCGCGUCCAAGGAACUUUGAGGGAGUGGGUUACCAGAGAUGAGGUUCGACGUUUCAUAGCCAGGAAGUUCAAGGAGUUCUUGCUCACCUACGUGAAUCCGAAGAGUGGACAAGGAGAUUUUGAGUAUGUGCGGCUGAUAAAUGAGAUGGCGUUAGCAAAUAAGUGUAGCUUGGAGAUCGAUUACAAGCAGUUCAUCUACGUUCACCCAAAUAUUGCCAUCUGGCUUGCUGAUGCUCCUCAAUCAGUCCUGGAGGUCAUGGAAGAGGUUGCCAAAAGUGUGGUCUUUGACUUGCAUCCAAAGUACAAAAAUAUCCAUCAGAAAAUCUAUGUCCGUGUUACCAACUUGCCAGUAUAUGAUCAGAUCCGGAACAUAAGGCAGAUACAUUUAAAUACCAUGAUUCGCAUUGGGGGAGUUGUGACUAGGCAUUCAGGAGUUUUCCCACAGUUGCAACAAGUCAAGUAUGAUUGCAACAAAUGUGGGGCAAUAUUGGGACCUUUCUUUCAAAACUCGUAUUCAGAAGUCAAAGUUGGUUCUUGUCCUGAAUGCCAAUCAAAAGGACCAUUUACCGUCAAUAUUGAACAGACGAUUUAUAGGAAUUACCAGAAACUCACACUUCAAGAAAGCCCAGGAAUUGUGCCAGCGGGCCGGCUUCCUAGACACAAGGAAGUGAUACUGCUGAAUGAUUUGAUUGAUUGCGCCCGCCCUGGUGAAGAGAUUGAAGUGACCGGUGUAUACACGAACAACUUUGACCUAUCUUUGAAUACAAAGAAUGGAUUUCCCGUCUUUGCCACAAUAAUUGAGGCCAAUUACGUUACAAAGAAGCAUGAUCUCUUUUCUUCGUACAAACUUACCCAGGAGGACAAAGAAGAAAUUGAGAUGUUGGCCAAAGGCCCACGGAUAGGAGAAAGGAUUGUAAAGUCCAUUGCUCCAUCUAUCUAUGGUCAUGAGGAUGUCAAAGCUGCAAUUGCGCUUGCAAUGUUCGGAGGACAGGAGAAAAAUGUUGAAGGGAAACAUCGACUACGUGGUGACAUCAAUGUACUUUUGCUGGGUGAUCCUGGCACCACAAAGUCUCAGUUUCUGAAGGUGAGCAUACAUGAGGCAAUGGAGCAACAUAGUAUUAGCAUUUCAAAAGCUGGGAUUGUUACAUCUCUUCAAGCUCGAUGUUCUGUUAUUGCUGCUGCAAAUCCUAUUGGAGGAAGAUAUGAUUCAUCGAAGACAUUUGGGCAAAAUGUUGAGUUGACAGAUCCAAUUGUUUCUCGUUUUGACAUCCUAUGUGUCGUCAAGGAUAUUGUGGAUCCUGUAGCAGAUGAGAUGCUUGCAAAAUUAGUUGUAGAUAGUCAUUUCAAGUCGCAACCUAAGGGUGCUGCUAUGGAUGAUCGGUCCAUGAACGAGUCCCAAGCAGACAACCAAGCCACUUCAUCCCCCACUGAUCCAAAGCACGGGCAAGGAGUCCCCGUAGCAGUAAGGCACAUUGAAUCUAUGAUAAGGAUGUCUGAGGCGCAUGCUAGAAUGCAUCUCAGACAGUAUGUGACAGAAGAAGAUGUGGAUAUGGCCAUAAGAGUUCUUUUGAAUUCAUUCAUAUCAACUCAAAAGUACGGGGUGCAGAGGGCUUUGCAGAAGAGUUUCAGGAAGUACAUCACAUACAAGAUGGACUACAAUAGAAUGCUUCUCAAUCUUCUGAGGGAGCUUGUGAGCAAAGCCCUGCGCUUUGAAGAGAUCGUGUCUGGUUCAACCUCAAGGCUUAGCCAUAUCGAUGUGAAGAGACAGGAUCUCCAAAGCAUGGCCGAAGAAAGGGGGAUUACAGAUUUGGAACCUUUCUUUUCCAGCAAUGACUUUUCAGCUGCCAAUUUUGAGCUGGUGGAAGAGCGUCACUUGAUAAGGCAUCGCCUUCCAAGGCAGUCACAGUAGUUGGGUGCAGGUUUGGGACGAGUAGUAUUAGUGUACCCGCGGUGGGCUCCUCUCGCUCUCGCUGCAUAUCGAGAGCUAUAUUCAUUUGUGAUUUGUUGUGACACUUCUGUCAGACGUGUGCUUAUAUUUUUCAGCUAGUUAUGUUGAAU